CCUCCCUUCUCUUCUCUCUGCAUGUAUGUGUCAUAGCACUUCAAGGGGAAUGCCAUCCUACUGUCUCCAGGACUGUCACUACUUCUACCGCACUGCCCUGCGCGGCCUGAACAUCAGCACCCGCGUCUCGCCUCUGUACGCUUGAUACCGCUCGAGCCGGCUGACCAGAAAUGCCUACCCAAGUCCGCAUCUUCACCUCGCCGAGGUCUCUUGGCGAGACCCUCGCCAUCCCGAUCCAGCUGUCCCCGGCCGUCCCGCGCUCGGUGCCUGAAGUCCCCGAGAUCCCCAAGUCUACGGUUGACCUGGCGUUCAGGGCACGCCAGCACGCCGCCAUGUCCGGCCCUGCCGACCAGGACGACCAGCCCAAGGGGGGCGUCACAUACGCCCACCAGGACAAGCUGCCGAAGCUGCCCAUCCCAGAUCUCGAGCUCACAUGCCAGAGGUAUCUGAAAGCCCUCAAGCCGCUCCAGUCGCCCAGGGAACACGCGGAGACGACCCGUGCCGUGCGCGAGUUCCUGAGGAACGAGGGGCCCGAGCUGAACGAGAAGCUGAAGAAGUACGCCGAGGCACGAACGAGCUAUAUCGAGCAGUUCUGGUACGAUUCGUACCUGAACUUCGACAACCCCGUCGUCCUCAACUUGAACCCCUUCUUCUUGCUCGAGGAUGAUCCCACGCCUGCCCGAAACAACCAGGUGACGCGCGCCGCGUCGCUGGUGGUGUCGGCACUCGAGUUUGUGCGCGCCGUCCGCAAGGAGGAGCUGCCGCCAGACACGGUCAAGGGCACGCCGCUGUGCAUGUACCAGUACUCGCGCCUCUUUGGCACCGCCCGGGUGCCGACCCACGCCGGAUGCCAGAUCGAGCAAGACCCCGAGUCCAAGCACAUCAUCGUCAUGUGCCACGGUCAGUUCUACUGGUUCGACGUCCUGGACGACAACUCGGACCUGAUCAUGACCGAGAGGGACAUCGCCGUCAACCUGCAGACCAUCAUCGACGAUGCCGCCCAGACUCCGAUCCAGGAGGCCGCCAAGGGCGCUCUCGGCGUGCUGAGCACCGAGAACAGGAAGGUCUGGUCCGGACUGAGAGACGUCCUGACGAGGGAACCCGGCUCCAACAACGCCGACUGCUUGAGCAUCGUCGACACGGCCCUUUUCGUCGUCUGCCUGGACUACACCGAGCCUGCGACCGCGGCGGCACUCUGCCAGAACAUGCUGUGCGGCACCAGCGAGAUCGAGAAGGGCGUCCAGAUCGGCACCUGCACGAACCGGUGGUACGACAAACUGCAGAUCAUCGUCUGCAAGAACGGCAGUGCCGGCAUCAACUUCGAGCACACCGGCGUGGACGGCCACACGGUGCUGCGCUUCGCCAGCGACGUCUACACCGACACCAUCCUGCGCUUCGCGAGGACCAUCAACGGCAAGGCCCCGACGCUGUGGGCGUCCACCAGCCCGGAUCCGUCCAAGCGCGACCCGGAGAGCUUCGGCGACGUCAACACCACGCCGCACAAGCUGGAGUGGGACAUGACCCCCGAGCUGAGGAUCGCCGUGCGCUUUGCCGAGACGCGCCUGGCCGACCUGAUCGAGCAGAACGAGUUCGAGUGCCUCGACUUUAACGCCUACGGCAAGAACUUUAUCACCUCGAUGGGCUUCUCGCCAGACGCUUUCAUGCAGAUGGCGUUUCAGGCGGCAUACUACGGCCUAUACGGCCGCGUCGAGUGCACCUACGAGCCGGCCAUGACCAAGAUGUACCUGCACGGCCGCACCGAGGCCAUCCGCACCGUCUCGGAGGAGUCGGUGAACUUCGUCCAGACUUUCUGGGCCGACAACCCGGCCGAGCAGAAGGUCGAAGCCCUCCGCAAGGCCUGCGAGCGCCACGUCGCCACCACCAAGGACUGCGCCAGGGCCGAGGGGUGCGACCGCCACCUGUACGCGCUCUUCUGCCUCUGGCAGCGCAUCGUCGAUGAGGACGCGAGCAGCCACAUCGGCAGCGACAGCCGCAGCAGCAACGGCUACUCCAGCCCCGUCGACAACCUCUCAGACCGCAGCCCUUCCCCCGUCGGCAGCCCACCCCGCGAACCAGCCUACCUCCUCGACGGCAGCAACACCACCACCACCACCACCGCCACGGCCACGGCCACAGCCAUUUCCUCUACCGCGGCAUCCCCGACCCGCAGCCGCGGCGACAGCCUCAACUCACGCGCCAGCCGUGAAAACCAAAACCACCACCACGCGCAGCCGCCGCUCCCGUCCAUCUUCGCGGACCCGGGCUGGGACAAGCUCAACACGACGAUCCUGUCGACGUCCAACUGCGGCAACCCGUCGCUGCGCCAGUUCGGCUUCGGCCCCGUCUCCGGCGACGGCUUCGGCAUCGGCUACAUCAUCAAGGACGAGGGCAUCUCCAUCUGCGUGUCCUCGCGCCACCGCCAGACCCGCCGCUUCGUCGACACCCUCGACAGCUACCUGCUCGAGAUCCGCCGCAUCCUGCGCAUCACCGCCCGCGCCGGCGCCGUCGUCAGCCGCCAGAGCCGCGCCCGCGAGAUUGACGGGCUUGUGGGCAGGGCGUCUGGCAAGGGAGCCGUUGGGGUUGGGAGUGGGGCUGGCGCCGGCGGCGGAGCGGGCGGAGGAGGUGGUGGCGCGGCGCCGAGAGGGAAGAUGAGGGGCCGUUUGAUCACUGGCUCCGAGGGGGCUCGUAAGGACAGGGGCUUUGGCGGUGGGCCGGGGAGUACGUCGCCGACUGAGGAGAGUCUGCUGCUGAGCGAGGAUGACGAGUUGGGCGGGUACGGCUUCUUCGACGCGGGCAUGCUGCUGCAGGCGCUCAAGGCGCGCGGCGAGAGCCUCGACAGCGGCGAGCCGAAGCCGUCGGAGCGGGCGGCCGUGCAGGCGCGCAGGCGGGAGGUUGGCAAGAAGCUGCGGCUCAUCGACUACUAGAGGUCGUAAGUAGGUCGUUUGUGGUGCUUAGGUUCCUAGUCGCAUCAACAAAUCAGUGAGAGGCCAGCGGGGAGGAGGGGAGGCGGGCUGAUACCUUGUUGUUGGGUGGUCUGCUGUGUGGAUUUUAGAUGCAUGUCUAUCAGGCAGGUUGGUGGGAGUG